GUAGAGGGAGUAGUAAUGGAUUUUGAUAAUUCAGACAAGAAGAAAGUGAAAAUGGGUGAAGAGGAUGAGAAAGCAGAGAAAGGAAAACUUGCGGUGAACGAACAGGGGAACCUAACGACAGCAACCAGUGAUGAAAAUCUCAAGGACAUUUUUCACAGUAUCAGAAUGAACAAAACUCCGGCUGUAAUCAAUUAUGGAGCUUCUUGGUGCCGUGUCUGCAACCAGAUCCUUCCUUCAUUUCAGGAGCUGAGCAAAAAGUUCCCAAAACUCUCAUUCGUCUACGCUGAUAUUGAUGAAUGUCCGGAGACAACUCAGAACAUUCGCUACACACCAACUUUUCAUUUCUACCGAGAUGGUGAGAGGGUUGAUGAAAUGUUUGGUGGAGGAGAAGAGCGCUUGCAUGACCGUCUAUGGUUGCAUUCUUAGAAGACUCUUCCAAUUCCUCUGUAGUUGAAACAGAUCUUGGGUAGCAGUUUCUAAGACGGACCAUACAUACAUUUUUAUUAUCAAUA